CGUCAUACAUGUCUAAAUGGCAUGAUGAUGUAAGAUUUUACUUUUUAUCUAAAUUAUUGUUUUAAUCACCUUUUAAUGAUAUCAAGAAAUAAAUAUGCUCGGGAAAAAGGAAAUAAAAUGUGAUGGAAAAUAUACAGUCUCCAUAUAAGGACAAAGUAAUAUCCAUUCAAGAAGAGAAAUUAAUACGAGAAGUCAACUACGACUCACUUGCUGAAAAAUCAAGCCGACCCAAAAAACUAUUUUUAGAAAUAGUACAAAAAAGUUCAGAUGUAAAAGACUCGGGUCAAAAAGUACUUGUUUCAAUAAAACCAAGAACACCAGCAAUUAAAAUUUUAUAUAGAGCUGAAAAGAGUCGAUUUCAUUCCAAGAAGCGUUCAGAAAGAUCAGGUUUAAGGCUUGCUAUAGGAGACCAUUCAUCAUUUACAACACAUUUCAGUGAAGAUGUAUCAAACACAAGUAAUUCGGUUUCUUGCGGCACUAUCCAUGUUUUAAAAGAUCGCGUAAGGAGUGAAAUCAUCGGUGAAAGGAUAUCAACAAGUACUUUACCGGUAGGAACUUCUACGGAAGUUUCACAAUGUUCAAAUACUGAAAACUCUUUUCAAGUUUCCAUUAUAAAUACAAAAAAAACUGCAACAGAAAAAUGUUAUCUUUACUCCGAACCACAAAUAACUAUGACUCUUCCUGAAGUUACUAAAAUUACUCAGAAUAGCAAAGCAACUCCGAAAAAAGUUGAUAUCGGAACACUUAUUGUAACAGAAAUACCUUCCGAUGAAAAAACUUCACCACAUAAUAUUUCUCACAUGAACAAAAGGAUAGAACAAUUAGAAAGAAAAUUUUUAAAACAGGAAAUGGUAUUUCGUUCGCUUAACCCUGAUCUCCCCUUUUCGUCAUCUGAUGAAGAAGAGUACAAAGAAAAUAAAAUGAGAGCUUCAUCAAGCCACGGAAGGGCAGGCUGUAGUUAUAUUGAAUAUAGUCAUAUCCCGGAAACUUCUGCUUUUCAACGAUAUUCUCAACAACCAGCACCUUUAUCGGCUAGUAAAGCUACAACUAUUCAAAAAGAGCAUAAUUCUGAACAAUACGGUCGUGAUUUUACUCUAUAUGACGGAAUUACAGCGAGAGGUAAGAGACAGUGUGCAUCAGUUCCGUGUAAAAGAGACGACGGUUCAAAAAUGGCUGCAGAGAGGGUUCAUAAAAUAAGACACAAGCUCAAUCCAGUAAGGGAUUACAGACUAAUGGAUACAGUGCAUUAUUUGGCUCAGGGGGAGUUUGCUCCGCGGGAUGAUGGCAUUAAAUUAACACCAUCGCGAGAAGCUGUACUCAGUGAUAUAAUUUACGAAGACGUUUGCCGUACCCAUUGGCCUAAUGCUCGUCUUGCGCGACGGUUGCGUCAUCCAGAUAGAUAUGGGACAAGAUCAGACUUACAAGAAUUGAUCGACAGUUUACUCCAGGAAAGAGUAGCUCACGUAGAACGGAGAAAACGCCGUCACUACAGAAUUGUUAAACUCAAUCAUCGCCAUGAAAAUAGCUGUCGGUCAGUCGGUAAAACUGGAGAUAUUAUAGUUGCUAAUCACAAAAAUAGACGACGCAAUGAAGAUAUAGCUGCUAGUGAUCAUAACACUGCCAAUGCCGCCAUCGCAGAUAAUCGACGUAAUGUUCGAAGUUUUUUCAAAAACCGCCAAAGUUAUGAACGGUUAGUCUUACCAGAAUCGCGACCUGGCCGACGGCUUAGACAAGAAAAUUGUUCUCCUGGACCGAGCUAUGCUGCACCCCGUUCCACCACCGCCAGGGCACCAACAUGCUGCUAUCGUACAUCUAGUCGAAGUAAACCUAUACAAAUAAUUAAACCUGAACAAACAAAUCAAGACACUAGUACUCAAGAUCUUACAAGUAGCAGUACAAUCAAGACAUACCCUAAAAAUCCUCGCUUAGUAGUGAAAAAGAAUUCAUCAAGAAAAAAAUAUAAGGAGGAACUCAACCUUGAACACUAUAUUUUACUACCGUCUCUAGUAGUAAAAACUCCAUCCAAUAUGAGGCGUCAGAAGAAAUUCAGUGAACUAUAUCAUCGAAUACUAAAUUUACAAUUGAAUAAAGCUAAUCCUUGUGUUAAAGAAAAACUUGAGGAUGAAUCAACGGUGGACUCGACUAAAAAUAAAAAAAAUAUUGGCUUGAACAUAAAUGUAACAGUUUCAAGCAGCGAAGAAGCCCUAAAUAAGAAAUAACAGAAACUAAUUGCUUUUCAAUCAAAUUGCCAAAAACGAUCAAAACUCAAAUCAGUAGGUAUAUAAUUUUUUUUAUAUCUUUCAAACUAAACACAAUCUUCUUUUCAAAAUCUCUCAAUGACUAAAUUUAGAAUCUGCAUCGUGCACGUUUUUGAGAAUCUUUGUUUUUUGCUCAACCAUAACAUCUAAUAUGUCAUUUUGAUCAGUGCUACAUAAAAAUAUUUGGUCAUAGGUUUAUUCACUUGUAAUAAUAAGUUCUUAUAGAUAAUUUUUGAAAUAUAUUUGUUCAAAACCU